AUCAUUUAAUUUGAGUCUUCACGAAAGAAGCAAAGUUGAGUUGACCACAAACGUCAGUUUGGAACAUUUUAUAUGCGAGACGUCAGGAGUCUCUUCAUCAUUUAUUUAUUUAGCUGUGACUUACAGUUGCUACAUGUGUCGCACGCGUCUUGCGCACCGCACACCUCAAACCCGGGUCUCCUACAGCACAGGCAUGUGUCAUAUCCACUGCACCACCUGUUAACAUAAAGAUAUCGAUCACAUCAGCUUUGAGGGAAAGAGCCGAUGAAAGUUUUCAGAGUGUGGUGAAGCGAGGCGAGGGCUGCAGGAAGUGGUCGGUCAGCCGUCACGCCGCCGAGGAGCUGCAGCUUCACACCAGCCACUCCUCCCGCUGCAGACGUCAUGAAGCCUUCUUCAUCUUCAUCGUCCUCUUCCUCGGUGACAGCUGCACCAGAAACUCCGCGUCCCUCUUUUUCAUCUCGCCCUCCUCGUCAAAGUCUGCAAAGUCCAGAGUUGCAAGCAGAGUUUCUGCAAGAGUUUCGGAACAAAUCCCGGUUUCACAGAGACGUCGGUGAAUCCAGUGCCGUCUCCUCUCCCCCCUCCUCUCCUCUGCCCUCCCCCCUCAGUUCCACCCCGCUCUCCUCCCCCUGCAGCUCCUCAGCCUCCUCCUCCUCCUCCCCUCCAGGCUACGACAAGAGACAAGCUCGUUUGUCGCUGUCCAGCCCUGAGCUCCUGUCAGAGCUGAAACACUCGAGGACACGCUCCCUGCGACAUGUCCCCGAACACAACGGCCUGACCACCGUCUUCUCUGGACGGGGAAGAGGAGGAGGAGGAGGAGGAGGAGGAGGAAGAAGAGGAAGAGGACGACAGCAAAGUCGCAGACAUCAUCAGCCCAAGGAUCAGUACGUGAUGUCACCGUCCCACUGAAGCGCUUCUGCCCGCUGCACAUACAGGCCUCCGGCCCCACCCCGACCGCACGACCAGCCAAUCAGAUGACUUCGCACUGAUCAUCAGCAGCAUCCGACCCUGUACCAGACUACUGGACCUGAAUCCAUCAUGGACUUGGCUAUCCUAUAACCAAUCAUGCAUUAUUUACCAUCAAAAAUGAAUAUUUGAACAAUAAGUCCUUGAUUUCAGAGAGAAGUAAAUAAAAAUAACUUUUGCUCCCA